GAACAAGGCAACGGACAAAACCACGCUCCCCGUCUUCUUCAGUCUGCUGCAAAUCGCUUCUUCGAUUUCUGGACUUAGGGCUUUUUCGGCGAGUUUUCCGACAAUAACCAUUGCUGCUCCUUCUUUUUCGACCAAGAGGGCGAUCGCCAUUCCAUUCUCAGUGUUGGUGAAACUGAGCUCUGAAGAAGGAAGGAAAUGGAUGAGGAAAUGGAGGUUGAGCCGGUUGUUUUUGAUGCUUAUGAAGUCGAUAUUGAGUAUGAGUUUGAUGCGGCUAGGUAUUUUGAUUUCACUCGCGAGGAGAGUUUUGUUGAGGCUUGUGAAGCUGAGCUUUGGUUCCAGUCUGCUGAAAGCUACCCUCCUUCUCCGUUUGUAGCCAAACUGUUCUUGAGGGAAGAGUAUCUUUUCGCCAUUGAAAAUGCGUCGAAAAAAUCUGAAGGCCGGGACAGCACAAUUGAUUCGCAUAAUGAUGUCAACCAGGAAAUUGGUUCUGUACGUGAAAAUGACGGAGAUUAUCUUGUAGAUUGCCAAGAUGCAACUAGAGGAUUCUUCACCAACACACGGGAUCGAAACUUACAAAAAACUCACAAUCAACAACUUCAAUUUACAUCAGGAUCUAAAUCAUACAAUCGUCCAUCCCUGAACAUACCCAAAGUGAAAGCCCCAUCUUGUGUCAAGCCAUCUAGACCCAGGGGCACCACUCUGAUGAAACCAACAGUGAGCCACUUAGCGAGACAAACUCAACAUACUGAUAUCAAGUUGCAGAGAGUACUUGUUAAAAACAAUGAGACAAGUGUCUGUAGUUCUGGGACCGAAAGUCAAGCUAUCAAGAAGCAAAAGCUGGAUGAAGGUCACUCACGCAAGGUGAAUGAAAUAAAGCAGCAGACUAGUUUGGUCCAUAAGCUUCCUAAAAAGGAUGGAGUUGCUGAUAAAUCUACUACGAAUGCCAAGCUGAAGAUUACAAUUCCUAGGCAGCCUGACCUUGAAACAGCACAUAGGGCACAUAGAAUAAGAUUAAAAAGUAAGAUGGAAGAAGAUAACGAGGUCACAACUACUCGAAGGUUUAGAGCCCAUCCGCUAAACAGAAAAAUAUUAGAGGCUCCAUCACUUCCGCUUCCAAAGAAAAGCACUCCCAAAUUGCCUGAGUUUCAAGAAUUUCAUUUGAGGACGUUGGAGAGGGCCAUGCAAAAUACUUCUGCUGUUUCAUCCUCAGCCUUUCAUCAUGAUUAUUCUGACAUUACAGUCACCAGAAAUAUGGAGUCUAGAAGAUCAAAUGCCAUUGAUGAUAAAAAGAAUGAUGAGUAUCAUGUCAUGCAAAAUUUCAAGGCAUGUCCUCUUAAUAGGAAGAUGUUUUCAAGUAAAGGUGAAAUAGGUGUUUUUAGAAAUAGCAAGCAAGAAACCACAAUACCAAUGGAAUUUAAAUUCCAUAGUGAGAAGAGAAUUCUACAACCACCAACAGAACUUUUCAACAAGCUUUCCCUAACAUCUCAACUCUAUUCAAAAAAUGGACCCUUGGCUAAAGUUCCGUCCCAUCUAUCCAUGCCUUUGAAGAGCUCGAAGGAAAAUAACUCGGUGUUAUUUCAACCAGAAUAUAAGAUAACUCCAUUGGUGAAAGAAGCGCCUCCAUUUGCGGGAAACCAGAUUUAUUUGGGAAAUAAUGGAUGCAUAUCUGAUUCCUGCAACAGCCCGUUGACCAUGAGGAAUCUGGGAGUUCGCUAAGUAUGUAGUGUUCUGAAAGAAUGGUUUCUUUCUGCUGGGGCAUCUGAUUUUGGUUUCAGCCUUUAAGUAGUAAUCAUUACAUGAUAGUUGAGAACAACAGUACAGGAAAGGUUCUCGAGCUAUUUUUUCUUCAUAGAAAUCAUUUAAAGUCUGUCCAUAUAGUACAGGAAAGGUUGUAGGUGUCUUCGAGAUUUAUGAUUUAUCUAACCAGCUCUUUAUGUUCCCCCAACUUGUAUCCUAAUCCAAAUAAACAUGCAAGUUCGCCGGAUAUGUACAGCCAUCACUGCCCCCCUUCAGCUUCUUUGUGUACCUCCUACGUAAUUGUAUUGUUCGCUACUCACAAAGAAUAUACAUACACAGCUUCAUCUUCA